AUCAUCCGCGCACAGAAGGAACAGAGAUUCGUGAAACAAAGGUGGUGCUUUUGGCGGUGUUUUUGACCCAGCGAUCGAGGUGUUUGUGGUGUGGGGGCGAGUGCGUGCCCAGAAAGUGAUCGAGAUCAGCAGCCACCAUCGCGUGUCUCUAAGUGUGGGAGCGAAAAAGAGAGAGAAAGAGAGAGCGAGAAUAGUGCAAGAUAGUGAUAACGGAAGACGACGACGACGACGAAAGUGAGAUCUCGUCUCGCGUUGUUUGUGUUGUUGUUUUUGUGGUUGGUGCGAUAGCAAAUAGUAGUGGCAGCGAAGAGGGUGUAAAGAGGAGUAGGAGAAGAAGGAUCGCCGCGCUAAUUUGGCGCCCAUUUCAUCAACGGAAAAGUGCGAACGAGCUUGCUUGGUGGUGGCAGCAGACAGCAGUCGCCAGCCACCAAAAACAACACCAGCAGCAGCGACAGUAUCUGACGUCACGAACGCCGUUUCCAGCUUCGUACUGGCCCGGCACCAUCGGACAACGCCAGGGGCCGGCAUCCAACAACAACAGCAGCAGCAGAGGCCGCGACAGCCGCGCCAUCGACAGCUCAAACUGAGUACCGAGGAGGACCUUCGCCACCACCACCACCACCAUCACCAUCUUCAGCAGGAGCAGCAGCACCAACUAGCCGUCACGCUGGCCGCACCAUCGUCCGCCCCGUUCUCUUCCUCGCUGGCGACCGAAAGGUUAAUAAAGUUCGGUAAAAUUCGCAGAUAUCGGGAAACGAGCGCCUCACCAUCGAGACGGACGUCGCCGGCUACGCCAAGUGCACAAUCCUUACUCAUGAUGAUGAUGGCCACAGCAACGAAGGGCAAACGCCCGCUCCGUCACCUCACGGCGACGGAUAAGAUCGAUGCGAUCCAGCGGAUCCACGAUGGUGAAUCGAAGGCCUCGGUUGCCCGUGACAUCGGCGUCCCGGAAUCGACGCUACGGGGCUGGUGCAAGAACGAGGAAAAGCUCCGCUACAUGUCUCGCCAAUCGGUCGAGAACGCGGAGAAGCUAAGCAACGAAGCGACGGCCGCCGCACUGACGGCAGCCGCGGCCGAACUGUUUAGCGGUGGUCCACCGGAGAAGCGCCUCAAGCUCGAUUCCUCCAUGUUCGGUGGUCACGGUGGUGGCAAGCUCAAGUACGACGACACCAGCUACUACAAGGUUUCACCGUCGAGCCGCGGUGGCACCCUGAACGGACUGGACCUAUCCGGUGGUGGUGGUGGCGUCGGUGGCAUUGACAAAACCUCGGGCGGUGACAUUAUCAUGAAUGGGCUCACGGGAACGGCUGCCGAUUUUAGUCAGUUUGCGAAAACGGCCGCCGAAAUUUCGGCACUCAGCAAAUCGAGCAAAGCGGCCGCAGCAGCGGCGGCAGCGUACGGGGCCGAUCUUAGCAAACACCAUCAGCACCACGGUGGCGAUCCGUCCAAAUCGGACCAUCACCUAUCGAUGGCGGCCAUCAGCCCGCUGACCAGCCUGAGCCACCUAUCGGGCAUGUCCGGCCUGGGGCAGAGUCCGCUCGCGCUCAGCUUCAACGAGAUCGCCACCAAUCUCAACCUGAUCGCACAGCUCAACAACAACCACAACCUGGCCACCAUGUCGAGUUUGGCGGGUGGGUUGAACUCGGCCGCUGCGGCUGCAGUUGCCGCUCAGUCACUGCGCAGCGUCAGACCAAAGGGUAGCAACAGUUCGGCGGCCAACAAUGGUACCAACCACCACCACAGCAGUCACCAUCAGCAGCAGCAGCAGCAGCAGCAACAGCAACAACAAGGCCAGCAAGGUGGUGGUGGCGCCGGUGGAGGAGGAGGUCGGGGUAGUAACGGUUUGCACGACAGUAGCACAAACGGUGCCACCGAUCAUCGUUCGAGUAGUGAGAAAGGCUCGUCUGCCGGUGGUAACAACGGUUCGACCGGUCCUUCGCUCACCGUCCGCAAUCUGGCGAAACUGCAGCAACAGAAGAGCUCAUCCAGCGACCAGCAACACCAGCAGCAGCAGCAGCAGCAGCAUCAGCAACAACAAUCCUUCGGAAACGGUAUGCUUCACCAUCAUCAUCCUCAGCCACCACUGGCUGGUGGUUUAGCGAGCUUGUCGGAGCAGUUCAGAAAGUGCACUUCUGCUGCGACGACGAACUCCACUUCUACUUCUACAACCAAUAGUACCAAUCACGCUUCAACCACUCCCAAUACUGCUUCCGUAGGUCGCGAUCCAAACGCUCCGGUCGACGAUGCGCUCUGGUACUGGCUCAAGUCGCAGCAAGCGAUGCUCGGACUGAACAACCUCUACUCGUCGCUUCCCCGGGCCGCCAGCAACAGCCCGCCGACGCCACCGCCCCCAUCGCACAACACCGGAACGGCCACCGCCACCGCACACCUGCUGACGGGCAGUUCAGGAGCCUCACCGACGCAACUGCCACCAUCGGCGCACACGCCACCACCACCGCUCGGCGCAGUCCCACUCGUCAGUACGCCCCAGCCAACACCACCCUCAUCCGCACCGUCACUCACGCCCGAGGACACGAAAAACUCGUCCUGGUUCUGGCAGUGGUACAAAACGUUCGGUGCCUCACUGAUGCCGGGUGGUGCCGCGGCGACGGCCGGUGCUACCGGCGGUACCGUCGACAGCAAAAUGAUGGCCGCCCUCCAGCAGAGCCAGCACAGCAUCAACAACAACUCGCUGAGCCAGCAGAAUAACAAUCAAAAAGCUGCUGCGGCCGCUGCAUCACUGGCAGCCUACGAAAACAUUCUCUACUCCCAGCUCACCAAAGGAAGCACCGGUGCAGGGGCUAACAACGGAAGUUCCGGUGGAGGUGGUGGUACUGGAGGGGCGAAUGACGGCAAUCACCACGGGCUAGGCCAUCACCUGCGAGGGGGCAGUGGCGUAGCGAUGGAUCUGAACAUAAGCGGUUCGGUUGGUGGUGGAGAUGUAAAACCGGAAGAUCUGUCCAACCAUCACGGCGGUAGUAUUAGCGAGAGGUCCAAGGAGAACGGUCCUGCACUGCAGCUCGGUAAUGGGGAUAUCGAACGGCACCACACACGCUACAACCCUAGCCCGUGCUCGACGACGUCUUCACUUCGGAGCGGUCAUCGGACGCUACCAGGCAUGGAUCAGGAUCACGAUGAUUCGCUGGUUGAGGAUGAGGAAGACGUGGAGCGUAAAGCUCGCAUUGAGAUCGCCACGCCUGAACCUGAGAGGCAGGCGGAGCAUCUGGACGCUAGAGAAGCCAACCGAGAGGAUGAAUGCCUCCAAGAGACUGGCGACGAACGCCGUCACGUUCGUCAUCGGCGCCGCCACCGCGAUUCUGAGGAGGGUGAGCAUGAACAAGAUCUCGAAGCUAAGCGUGCAGCUAGCGUAAAGGACGUGGCACAGGAGGAGGACGCUGACGAUGACGCUGAGGAGGCGCUGGCGAAGGAACGCUCAGCGUCCACUGCCGACGCAAAGCAGGUACUCGACGGGCUGCUGUUCAGUAGCAACAGCAAUGACCGCUGUUCCACUACACCCCUAUCACUGCCUCGUGGACGCUCCGCCAGCCCGCUAUCCGCUGGAGGAAGCAUCCAUAACGACGAAGAGCAGGUUGGCGAGGAGCUGGAUCGAGCCGUUAAAGGCAGCGAUCUGGAAUCGGAUGAUUCGAACGUGCAGCCCCCAAUGACGACACCGCCGCCGCCAGAUACAUCAACCGUGGUGGCUUCGGUAGCCGUGGCCGACAUUCGCAACUCGGCCGAUGCCGUCGAACAUGGUGAGAAGUUCCUGAAGUGGCUGGAGGCGUGCAGUGACCCGAAUGUUACCGCAAUGCAGGUAAUGCAGUUCAAGUAUCUGCUCAACAGCAUCAAACUGAGUGCGGAGCGGCAGCUCCAGAGCGCAACCAAUGCUGCCGGUGCGAUUGGUGGCACGGUGCAGGAGGAACGGACACGCAUUCGGAAGCGCAAGUAGAGCACCGAACUGUUCGAUGUUAUUUGUAAAUAGUCGUACGCUGAGCUCUGACCCCAAAACGGCAAACGAUCAAUUUUUGGUUGACGCUUGGUAUCAUCUCUUCUCGCGCUUGCGAGUGGCCUCAGCGAAGUGUUGUUGAUGCUAAAAGAAUGCUAAUGCACAUUCCAGUUCCCUCCUUUCUGGAUUCGAAUUCUAGAAACGAUCUCGGCACAGUUGCCUCCGCACGCGUAAUGUAUCCGCGGAAUGUGGAUAAUGAUAGGGCCCUCAUCUUGCUCUCCCCUGAGCAAAGACAAACGAUUUAUUCGGUGAAAAGUAAUUUCUUACUUUUAUCAGCACACCCAAACACUAUAUAAGUAGUUGAAUUUUUUUAGUUAUUCGAAAAUCCCAUACAUUACAAGGAGCGAAGGAACGUUAGGGAAUAAGAAUUAGCCUUUUAUUGCUUUAUUUGAAUCAGAGAUUUAAAAUAGAACAAGGAAAUCCUGCACUCGCACGAUCAUCGGUAAAGCGUGCAGAUGUUGAUUAACGCUAAAUUGAUCAUAAAAUUGAUUGUAAAAAUGAGCAGAGAUGAAACGUUGAACUCUCUUUAUUACAAGCAAACCCACAGAGCAUUCAUUUUGCUUUAUUCAACUACAUGGUUUUAGUUUCAUUUUUAAAUCAUUCCCAUACACCGCCCUUUUUAAUUUCCAAAACAUGUUAGAGUUAAUCCAGAUUGUAAUGGAUUUUUGUCCUUAUCGAACUGCAUACAUCCAGAAACUAUUCGAUGAGCACAUUCAAACAAUGAUAACACCGCCAAAGACUUGCGGAGACAUGAAGUGGUGUAGGAGAGUGGUGGGGAAGCAAUGAUGAUGAUUCUGAUGCCAAAUGUACAAGUACUUCAAGAUGCACCGAUUUAUUAAUUGUAAAUGAAACGAGAAAAUGCAAAUCGAUCGCAGUAUAGGGAAUCGCAUAAGCUCAAAAUUUGAAUUUCACCAAGGAAGCCUAAAUUCCAUACAAGCGUAGCCAUUUGGCAGCGAUCGAAAUGUUGCCCACAUGCCAAAUGAAAGCGUAAAUCCUAAGGCUGAAACACUUAUAUGUUUCGAGAAAAUUGCGUUUGGUUUCUCUGCUCACUGCGAGCUACACCUGGGAAAGCAUAUUUAGGAAAUUUUGAAUUUGUAUAAAGAUGAAAAUUGAGCCGCAUGGUGCAAAGUAAAGACUUAGUCCAAAGAAUAGUAAGCGGAAAUGACGAGCGGUGUGUUCCCGCACGGUCGAAGACGGCUCUCGAGCAAUCCUAUUCGCCCAUUGUAGUUGAUUUGCCCAAUGCCAGCGAGGGUGAUGAUCUACGCUACUGAUGACGAUGAUGAUCCCUGAACCCGUUAAUCAAUCAAAACACACACUCGGUAGUAUUGUAAAUGUAGCAGCAAGCAUGCGUAUGUAUGAAAUAAACUAUUUAGAACGUAAAUCGACUUCGCGGAACAGAGGAAUCGUCGCGUUUUAUAGCGCAAUCGAAGCAAAAGGAGGAAAAAAAACAACAAAAAUAAACAUUUCAGCGGUCGAAGAAAGACAAAUUGUCAUUGUGAUUUUUUGGACUAUUUCCUAAAAGAAAAAAAAACAAAAACCAACUAAACUAAAGAAAAAACCGGUCCAUCUUGGCGAGAACAAAACAUAUAAUAAAUGAAAAGACGUAUUAGAGAAAGCAAAAACACGGCGUACUAGAAGUGAUUUUGGGUAAUGGUGUAAGCUAUUUUCAGACAGGGAGCAAGUGGAACCACAAAACCACAGAGCCCUCGCCAGAGGAUCCUGAACAAAACUCAAUUCUAUUCCUAUGUAUAAAACGGCAAAAUGAAUGAAUGGCGCGAUUUAUUGUAAAGUUUGAACUCUAUUCACUCAAAGAAAAUGUUGAACAUGCAUAAAUGAAAUUUGAAGACAGUACCAUAUAUAAUAAAUCUAUAUAUACAUAAAUGAGAGCAAAGCGCCCCAACCCACUCGAUCACACUUUAUGCUCGAAAAAUCAA